AUGCAGACCCGAGCGCGCCGAAAAGCCUAUUUACAAGCUGCACGAGCAACACUGUCGGACCUCCCAGUCGAACUCCUCGACGAAAUUGCCCAACAACUUGACAAUGCCUCUCUCAUUCAGUUCAGUCUAAUAUGCAAGUGCACCCACCACCUGGGCUUGCACUUAUUCUUCUCUCGCAACAACGUCAGCAAUCCGGCAGCUGGGUCGGUUUCCGUGUCUUCUACCGCUCCAGUAGAGACCCUUUGGGCCCUCCGUGUUGCCCUGUUCGUGCAGCACCUCCGAGGCAUCUACUACACAUUCAGAUCGCAUCGUGAUAUCAUGCAGGAAGUGGACGAGUUGACGUGCCUUCUACAUAGACUUUCUUCUGUUGCCUACAUCCACAUUGUCAUGAUUGGGUUCCAGUUCUUCGACUAUCGCCCGAAAUUACAAAAGGGUUGUGCUCGGCUUCAAGUGCGCAGUGACUCGCUACUUACACCAUUGCACGGGAUGAAUAAAGGUCUCCAUACUGCGCGUCGACGAAAAGAAGUGUCACCGUGUCGGCUGCAGGACCUCACUCUCACAUCCGACAUGCACCUUCAAGAGCCAUUCUUGCCCUGGACGUUGUCAAUCCUCCAUCGGUCAUCCUCAACCCUCACAACGCUGGCAGUGUACCUCGACGUUGUGCCAACAGCGUUAUUGAAAUCCUUCCUAAGAUCUCUUCGUCUUCCAGCACUCCUCGAUUUGACCCUUGUCAAGAACUCUCGCGACUCGAACAAUUGUCGUUUAGCGUUUGUCGACCUGUCCUUCUUCCUAUCACGUCACGCCUCCAUUGUCCGUCUGAAGCUCGGAGGAGCAGCACCCGCAAAAUUAUCUACGAAGCCGCCGAAGCUUCCUCGUCUGAUCACUGUGGGGGUCCAGGCUUCAUACCUCACUUGGAUCCUGGGUGAGCGGGAUCAGGAGGCGUUCCCUCACCUGCAGAGAGUAGGGACUCUAGGGAUGCCUGUCCUUCACCAUAACAAUGAUGCUGCCAACUACCCACCCUUCGACGAAGUCUUUGAAUCCAUUUGUCCGCUGCGCAACCCAAUUACCCUCGCACUACAUCUAGAGAACUAUCGCCUGGGAGAGUGGUUUCUCUCCCACCACCGCGCAGGUCAAGCAGGAAGCAUCAUCUCCUCUUUAGCAUGCGUCUCGUGUCUCGAGCUCAUCGCCAGCUUCACUACUUACCUUACGGCGGACAUUCUCACAAUUUUUCCAGAGUGGUUGGGCCUCUUCCCGAAAUUGGUGAAUGUCCAAUUCAGGUUCUUUUUGUCCAAUGAUCAAGAGCGUUUGUGCGAUCCGGAGAUGAUGAGGCGCAUUGCUAGGAGCUGCCCGAACAUCCUGAACGUCGUUGUCAACUACAAAUCAUGCGACCUCAAAAAGAUUCGGGAGGAGACGAAGACAUCGGAGGGUCACAUGGUUGAAGGUUCGCAGGACGGGGUUUAG